AUGUCAACAAAUAAAACGAUAUCUACGCAAGGCCCACAAGAGAAUCUUUGGCCAUCCACGCUUUCCCCUGUCCGGUUUCUCCCGCCGUGGGGUAAAAGAAUCCACGACAUGAGCGAGUUCAUGGGCGAAAAUACGGUGGAUUCACAUAAAACAAUGCCUGAGGGAUUGGGGGAGCAGCAGAAGGAUAACCUCUUCGUCGGAAAACAGAAUUCUUCCCCUAAGCUUAAUAUCGAACAGCCGCGACCCCUAUAUCACAACAUAUAUUCCCUCCCUAUGGCAGACAGUGAUGCUAAAGAUCCCGCCUGGGUAGCCCCAAGUUAUUCCUUGCCUCAAGAUGCGCUUCUUCCUGCCGAAAUCCCCCCUCAAGACUUUUACGAGCGGCUGUCUUUACCGGUGCAUUCAAGCUCCAUCAUCAGCGAUGCGGAUUCUAGUCCUUUCGUGGACUCUCUCGGCCUUCUGACAGAAGACGUUGACGAGAAGUCGAACGUGAGGAAGAAGCCUCGUCUGGAAGAGCCCGAGCCACUUGCGCUGAAUGCGACGGUUUCUGCCCCGCUCUCUUUCUCGCCGUACUCCUUCGCAAGCACUGCACCAUCUCUAGACUUCACAUUUUCGGCAUACCCUGAGGUGCCAGUGACAUGUGCCGCCUAUACCCCCCAGCAAAGCGCGGUUUAUUUUUCUUCAACCCCGCUGUCGCCUGUGCCUUCUCCCAGGCGACAUUCUGAUGCCACACGGUUCCGAAGCCCUGUACGGCCAACACCAUCUCCUCGUCCAAGACCACAGUCAAGCCCCUAUUCUCUGGAAGUGAGUAGAAGACGGCUGUCUAACAGCUCAGUCACAUCCAUGCCGUCGUUCGCCCCCUCUCCGUACAUGGGUCGCAAAUCCGCCAACUCUUCGGCCUACACAUCCCCUCAGAUCCGAGGGUGCCAGUUUUUCCCAACGGCGCUGGCUCCUCCGCAACCGAACCCCCUUCAGCCGGGAAAUGUCUAUCUGAACUCGAUGUUCCCUAGCCACGACCAGUACAACACUCGGUUCAUUGUUCCCGAGACCGUCGCCUCGCAGCGCGUGCCGCGAACACUACGUAGCGAUGUCGAUCCCGAUCAGGCGUACUUCGAAGACUUCGCAGGGCUCUCUGAGCCGCCCGAUCUUCUUGGGCCGCUGAAGGAGACGCCGCUCUCGCCUCCGCCUGAAGAUAUGAUGCCAGCCGACCCCACGAUGGUCCCGCACGAGCAAGACCUGCGAUUCGAGAACGAUCUCUACACGCCGAAGUGGGUGCGCGGCCACGGCAACAAGCGUGAAGGGUGGUGUGGGAUCUGCAAGCCCGGGCGCUGGCUUGUGCUGAAGAACUCGGCGUUCUGGUACGACAAAAGCUUCACGCACGGCGUCAGCGCGGUUACCGGCCAGGCGUUCGCGGCCCCGAAGGACAUUCGGCGAACAGAAGGCAGUGCCAACAUCUGGGAAGGACUCUGCGGUAACUGUGACCAGUGGGUGGGGCUGGUGACCAGCAAGAAGAAGGGUACGACAUGGUUUAGGCAUGCAUAUAAGUGCCACAAUCACUAUAAGCCAGAUGAUGCUCUUAAAAGACAGCGGGAGAGCGAGGAGCGCCGAACGGUGUCGACGGCGGAUGCCUACUCUCAGUCCCCACUGUCGAUACCUGCCUCCAAGCCAGUGCCUUUGGCGCUAGGGUAUCCCGGCGCUCCAACGCGCAGCGGGAACCCAGUCAACAACCCCCGCGGAGUGUCGACUGUACAGUCGAUGCUGUCUAUGAUCUGA